UAGGGGGUGGGUGUAAAGUGAGUGAUAGGUGGGGCUGUAUUUCUAUACACCUCCUUGUCUGGGGGCUGUACAGAUAAUUCUUGGCUGGACAGAGAGAGAGAGAGAGAGAGAGAGAGAGAGAGAGGAGCAAGCAGUGAGGAGAGCAGAGAGCAGAACUGAUGCUGGAGGUGCUAAGUUUCCCUCUAUCAGACAGAUUACAGGGGACAACUUUCCUGUUUUAUUCUGCUGCUUUGGUAACUUGCAAGAGGGGAAAGGUGGGGAAGCUAGACAGGUAUAUUUACAGCAAAGGGGGAAGAUUAAUACAACAAAACAAUCCAGUUCUAGAUCUAUGUAUGAAGAGGCUGUUGAGAUUCUAGUGGGUUUUUUUUUAACUUAAAAUUGCUGUAAUUAGUAAAAAAAAACUAACUAAAAAAGAAUUAGAGGGUUCGGUGCAAUUUAAUAUUUACAACAAAAAAGAAAAUCUUGGGUUAGAAUGAGGCUGAAUGGAGUUUAGUGUAUCAAGAGAAAGAGGUUCUCAGGUCAUUCUUUAGUCAAUAGAGGUGUAACAUCGGAAAUCUAGGGUUCAAGCUGUUGCAGAACUAAGGGAGUUGGGAUUUAGAAGAAAGGGUCUCAUAUUGAGUGGUGACUGAGAGGAUUUUGCCCAGAGGGUUUAAUGUGCCUUUGUUUAUUAAAUAUAGAAGUUAAAUUCAUGAGUUGGAGCCAAAUCAUUACGAUUAAGGAUCAGAGAGUCUGGAGGUGGUCACAUCUAAGAGUCAGUUGGUUGAGUUAAUGUUGUAGGGUCCAUUUUUGCCUUUACUUAGUCAAGGAUAUGUCUCCUCCAUGGUCCUUUCUCCCUAUUUUUUUCCUCUUCCUCUCCACCUCUGCUGCCCCUGGUAUCUCUCGCCGGCAAACACCAAAUUGCCCCCGGAUCUGUGAGCUUUCCCGCUGCCCACGUAUCCAGAUGCCAUGCCAAGCAGGUGAGGUACGGGACUCCUGUGGCUGCUGUCCAGUAUGUGGGGCAAAUGAAGGGGAGGCCUGCGGGCAGCGUGGGGGUGCCCCUUGUGGAGAGGGCAUGGAAUGUGUCCUUCCUGCUGUUGGGGGCUCAGCUAGAAGAAGAGUCGGAGUGUGUGUUUGCAGUACCAGUGAACCCGUGUGUGGGAGCGAUGGGAGGACCUACCGGAACCUGUGCCACCUCAAAGCAGAGAACAGGCUGGCAAGGCUGCAGAAUUCUCCUCCUGCCAUCCACAUACAAAAGGGACCAUGUGAUACAGGUUCCCAUUAUCCUGACAGCCUGAGAUACAAGUUUAAUUUCAUUGCUGAUGUUGUGCAGAAGAUUGCCCCAGCUGUGGUACAUCUGGAAUUGUUCAGAAGGUCUCCAUUCACAGGUCAGGAGAUGGCUGUGUCCAGUGGCUCUGGCUUUAUUGUGUCCGAUGAUGGCCUCAUAGUAACAAAUGCCCACGUACUUACAAACAAGCAGCGCAUUAAAGUAGAAGUGAAAGAUGGUGCUCACUAUGAUGCAAAGAUCAAAGAUAUUGAUCAGAAACAGGAUAUUGCACUGAUUAAGAUUGAUCCAGACGCUCCUCUCCCAGUUCUCAUGCUGGGCAGAUCUUCGGACCUGAGGCCUGGAGAAUUUGUGGUAGCAUUGGGAAGUCCCUUUUCCCUACAGAACACGGUUACCACCGGAAUCAUCAGCACUACACAGCGAGGAGGCAAGGAAUUGGGCUUGAAAGACUCUGACAUGGAAUAUAUUCAAACUGAUGCCAUAAUAAAUUAUGGUAAUUCCGGAGGACCACUUGUAAAUUUGGAUGGAGAGGUUAUAGGCAUAAAUACAUUAAAGGUAACAGCGGGCAUAUCCUUCGCCAUUCCAUCAGAUCGCAUAAGGCAGUUUUUGGCAGAGUCACAUGACAGGCAACUUAAAGGAAAGGUACUGCCAAAGAAGAAAUACAUGGGAGUGCGUAUGUUACAGCUUUCCUCAAGUCUAAUCCGUGAGCUCAAAAUGCGAGAUAAGGACUUUCCUGAUGUCAAUGCCGGAGUUUAUGUGUUUGAAGUCAUUCCUGGAACGGCAGCUGCAAGUGCCGGCAUGAAGGAUCAUGAUGUCAUUAUCAGCCUCAAUGGAAAGAUGGUGAGCAGCACCGAGGAAGUGAGUGAAGCCGUGCGGAAUAAUGAAACCUUAUCCAUCGUGGUGCGACGUGGAAACGAAGAUAUUAUCCUCAACGUGGUGCCCGAGGAGAUGGGAUAGGGGGUCAGUUCUUCCAUCUUCAUCACCUCUGUCCCCCGACCAUCUCUUUUAUGCUGUGUUUUUUUUUGGGUACAGAAGUUUUCAACCCAGUCCUUGUAAUUUCAUUGUCUGGGGACUUCUCAAUAUUACCCAGGAAUAUGGUAUGUGCUGGGUGGGCUCACGUUUAUUGACUCAUACAAAGUAGCUGUGACUGUGCAUGAGUUGCUCUGAUGCCAGCCACAGGCUUUCUAUCUGAUCUAAUUUGCAAAUGAAGAAGUGCUAAUUAGAUUUACAGACUGUACUGCUAAUCGUCCAAUGGGAAUAAGUGUUAUACAGCUAAACGUCAGUGUAUCUAUGAAAGCCGUAAAGUAUUCAUCUUGAUAUAUCUCUAAAGUGUAGAACCUCACUGUAUCAACGGACAUAAAAUAAAAAUGCAAAAUGUUGUAA